AGUAUACCGUUAUUGUUUACUGUUCUGUGUGUGUGACAAACGAUACUUCCUGAAGACAUGCUAAACGUCGUCGUAUGGUUGUGUCAUAAACCAUUGUUUGGAGUUGACGCUCGGUACAUAAGCCCUUUUCUGGAUGUUUUAUAGCAUUUUAUAUCACUCUCAAAGGAUGUGUCUGGAACAUGUUAAAAUACACAGUGCGUGGGAUGACAUUUGUUGCAGUAUUGUUUCGCAAAUGGAGUAUAAAACAGGUCUAAGAGCAGCAGUGUUCAAUUGAAACCAUGCUGGGUUGGUCAAGACUUUCUGUACUGGAUUACAUACACAAGUGGGAAUAACAGUGACAGUGGGUUUUGUUGGUGGUAUUUUUGUUUGUGUCCAUUUGAAACCGUGUUGGAUUAUUAAAUACUUUCUGUUUUAUAUGCACUGGAUUGCAUGCAUACGGAACAAACUCACUUAACUCAAAAACCUGGAUUGUUAACAAAUUCAACAUUGAAGGUAUUUUUACAGCAAAUCUAAGAAACUUAAAAGUCAUAUGUUUUAAAAUAAUUCAAAUCUGGAUUGUCUACAAAUUCAUCCUUAAAAGCAAUUGGACAUGACAUCUGAAAAAAACCCACUCCAAAGCCACCACCACCACCACUACCACUACCACCACCAACAGCAACAACAACAACAACAACAAAACAACCAAAGAUAAGAGACAUAUGAUAUAUGUUUUCGUAUUUUAAAGAUGGACUGUUCACAGUUAGUUAGUGUAUCUGUAACUGUACCACUCGUUUAAAAGACGUAACGGUUAUUCUUCGCAUAUGUGUCUGUAGACGAGCUGAAUCUUUCAUCCAUAUUUAUCCGAAGAUGGAUUGUUUUUGUGACAGAAUAAAACCCUUCAAUAACACGAUGCCAUCUCGUGGCAAUGACAUGCACAGUUCUGACGAAAGGUGAACGGGUCAACAAGUCUAUUCGUAUUAGUAACAGAUGAUGAGGGAUAAUUAUUUUCUGUGACAGAAUUGAAUAGUUCGGUAACUUAAUGGCUUAAUAGCAUGGUUCUAAUGGACAGUGAAUUGCUCAACGCGUGCAUGCCUAUUAUAGACAACUAUUGCUGGAUGAUCAUUUGCUAUCACGGAAUCCUGUAUUGGCGAAUUCGUCACAUCUGUAGACGGUAUAUGUGCUUGCGUUGUGAGCACGGAUGUAACCAGUUAAGACCUUUUAUAGUCUAGACACGAUUUAUUGAAGAAUUGAAGUAAACUUAGAUCUUUUAUUUUUUACAAUCCUUUGAUUUGAUUUCCAACGAUGUUUUCUUUUACGUCUUGCGUCCAUGAAUAGACGCACGGAAGAAUUUUGACAAGCAGUUAAUAAGAAAUAUUCCUAUUACAGAAGUAUAUUACAAGAGUCAAAGAUAAGAUACCUUUUAAUAGCUAUUGGACACCGUGUGUAUUUUGAUAUGGAUUGUAUUACAACAAAUUAUUUGCGGAAUGUAUACGUUACCUUGAUGGUUGCGAUGUGUCUUGAUCGAUUACGUAUUCCUCGUUGUGUGUUUGCUACAGAUUGGAAACGAUUAUGAAAUAUGUAUUCCUUGAAAGCGUUGGAGUAAAGAAAGAUUAAUUGCGUCAGUAUUGCCUAAUAUGUCGUUUAAGUUUUUGAAUCACAUUUAUCGCUAACCUGUCGGCUUGUUUUAUUGUUCAAAGGUUGCAAAAUACAUUCGUUAAUAAUGAUAGAACGAACAGCAGAAAAUACGAGAAAACAUUGUCUUUGAUUUAUUCUUUUCAAACUGAGUGGUGCUUUAAUGAAAGACAAAUUGUUAAUAAGAUACAUUCAUUAAGAAGGAGUGUCGGAGCAGGAGAAAGUCUAGCAAACAUUUGUUACACUGUGAACUAGUUUAUCGAAGUUUCUUUUGAACUACGUUUUUUUUUUUUUCGAACAAGCUUUGGUUUAACGUCUACGUUACAAAAAAAACCCCAAACAAUCGUUUAUAUUGUUCGUUAUGAGUGAAUGAUUUCGAGGAAACAGGAGGGGAAAAAGAAGAGAGAGAUUAUUGCCAUAGUGCCUGUCAACAUUUCUCAUUUUCUUUUCAAUUUAUUUAUUGAUAUACCUGUUUAUUGAUUCAUCCAUUUGUUUUAAACUGGUUCGCUGUUUAAAUGGAAACGCGGAAACUAUUGGAGCUGUCGGUUUCUGAGGUUCCCAACCUGACCGUGAACACGAUGUUCCGCAACGACGGCGUCUUCAACUACACGUUCACGAACCUGGAACGCAUCACCCACUGCCUCACCCUGUACGUGCAGCCGACCAUCUGUCUCCUGGGCGUCAUCGGCAACGUCAUCUCCCUGAUCGUCUUUCUGUCCCGGAAGUUACGCAACGUCUCGUGCAACGUCUACCUCGCGGCUCUGUCGGUGAGCAACAGCGCGUUCAUGCUGGCGCUGUUUGUCGUGUGGCUGGAGUUCGUCGGCAUCCGCCUCAUCCACACGGAUGGCUGGUGCCAGAGCGUCAUCUACGUGGCCUACGUCAGCAGCUUCCUGUCCGUCUGGCUGAUCGUGUGCAUCACCGUGGAGAACUUCAUCAUCACGUUCUAUCUGCACGAGGCGCCGCGGCUCUGCACGGUCAGGAGGGCGUUGGUCGUCGUCGGGGGUCUGACGUUCUUCGGUUUGCUGCUCUACGACUUCGCGCUGUGGUCGACGAAGGCGAAGCAGUUCGAGGACCAGAUCUACUGUCUCGUCCCCAAGGAGUACGGGACGAUCGUCGCCAUCUUCACGUGCAUCGACGUCAUCCUCACGCUCAUACUCCCAUCCCUGCUCAUCGUCAUCCUCCUCAUUUGCAUAGUCGUCAAGAGUAUCUCCCAGCCGCGCCAGUGCGUGUCGAGCGUGCCGCGCGUGCUCACGCGCAAGGAACGUGCACUGCUGCGAGUCACGCGACUCUUGUUCGUCAUCAUAGUCUCCUUCAUGGUCCUCACGAGUCCGACUCACGUUAACAAGUUACGUCAUCUAAUUAAUAUGAUGACGUCAGUGAAUUCCGAAGCGUCACAGGAGGACAAGGUGAUACAACAUCUGUGCCAGCUCAUCUAUUACAUGAGUUUUUCCUGCAACUUUAUCUAUUUUCUUCUGUGGGGUAAAAACUUCAGGAGAGUCUUAUACGGCUGGUUAAAGGCAAUGGGAAGAUGUUGCAAGAAAUGUUUUGUCUGAUAUAGCCAUUCAUACUUGUGUAUAAAGUGUAAUAUAAUAUAUAUAUAUAUAUAUAUAUAUAUAUAUGUGUUAUUGUAUUAAAGUAACAUGACUAU